AUGUUUCGCCACAACAGAUCCGGCAAGUUUGACGACGAGCCGCGACUGGACGAUGUCUCAGCUGAAGAGUCUCCGGUAUAUCAACAGCAGUUUGGAGCGCGCAGCGUGGAUGCCAGUGACCAUGACUUGAUCGACCCGGAUUCAGGUGUCAAGCGCGGGCUGAAGAAUCGUCACUUGUCUAUGAUGGCUCUUGCUGGAAUCAUUGGGCCUGGUUUGCUGGUUGGCUCAGGAGGAGCAUUGAAUAGCGGUGGCCCAGCGUCACUUAUCAUUGGAUUUGGUGUCAUUGGUAUCAUUGCUUUCUCCGUCAUGCAGUCUCUAGGUGAAAUCACCACUCUAUACCCAGGAGGUGGCGCUUUUGUUUCUCUAGCUGAACGCAUGGUCGACAAGUCUUUCUCCGUGGCCGUUGGCUGGAACUAUUUCAUCAUCUGGGCCACCGUCUUGGCCAGCGAGUACAACGUUAUCUGCAGCAUUCUCAACUUUUGGGCGCCCAAGGUUCCUCUCUGGGGCUGGUUUCUUAUUCUCUGGACCGUAUUCCUGGCAUUUCAGAUCAUUGGAGGCAUCACGGCUUUUGGUGAAGCAGAGUAUAUCCUGGCGCUUAUCAAGAUUCUUGGUCUAACGGCAUACUUCAUCUUCUCCAUUGUAUAUGCAUCUGGUGGACUCAUUGGCCAAGAUGGGCCCAUUGGGUUCCGAUACUGGCAUCAUCCUGGAGCCUUCAACGGCCAUGGCUUCCGAGGAGUUGCCACUGUGUUUGUCUUUUGCUCUACCUUUUAUGCCGGAGUCGAGUCUGUUGCCGUUGCCGCCACCGAGACGAGAAACCCAGGCGUUGCAGUACCGCGGGCUAUCCGUCAAGUAUUCUUCCGCAUCAUUUUUGUCUAUAUGGGAUCUGCCUUCUUCUUCGGCCUCACUUGCCCAGCUGAUUCCGACGAGUUGAUCAAUGGAGGUGCCAAGGCUCUGCAGAGCCCCAUGACGAUUGCUAUCCAGAACGCUGGUUGGAAUGGAGGUGUCCAUCUCAUCAAUGCUUUUAUCCUCAUUACCUGCUUGUCCGCUGUCAACUCAUCCAUCUAUAUCGGCUCACGGACCAUCUUAUACAUGGCACAGUCUGGAAAGGCACCCAAGAUUCUCGGCUGGGUUAACAAGCGAGGCGUCCCUGUUUGGGCCAUUGUCCUCACCAAUGCCGUUGGCGCCAUUUCCAUGAUGAACGUCUCAACCGGAGCAUCAAAGGCUUACAGUUACAUCAUCAACCUCGCUGGUGUGAGCACAUUCCUGGUCUGGGGAAGCAUCAGCUUCAUCCAUAUCCGCUUCCGCCGAGCGUGGACGACUCAGCAGCGCCGAGUAAGCGAUUUGCCGUUUAAGAGCAUGUUUUAUCCAUACAGCCCAUACUUUGGUGUCUUCUUCAAUGUCUUCCUCGCGCUGGUGCAAGGAUGGACAACGUUGUCGCCGUUUACCGCGGGCAAGUUUGUUGAUGCGUAUAUUCUAUUGCCGCUCUUUGGUGUUAUUUACGUGGUGUGCAAGCUGUACUGGAGAGGAGAUGAUCCGUUCAAGAGGAGCUGGGACAUUGACUUGGAUAGUGGACGGAGGAGCGAUCUGGAUAAGAGUGGCUUAGUGGGAGAUGGAUACGAGGAGCAGACACAGAGGGUACCGCUGUGGAGAAAGAUUUGGGCGUCUCUUUAG